AUGCCCUCCUUCUCAUCGAUUUCACUGUCUGCUUCUCUCUUAACCGCAGGAUACCUCGCCUUCCGCGGCCUCACACCCCCAAACCUUCCUUCCAGCUCCAAAGGUAAUGGGCCGCCAGACCGCGUUCGUCUGAUUGCCGGCCCGAUCAACACCGUCACACUACAUCUCAAUACGGCCUGCAUCAUCUACCACGCUCUUCUUGCGCUGUUCUAUAUAGAUAGCAGUAACAGCAAUGCUAAGGAGCCGAUCUAUUCUGGCGAUGGAGUGUACCUCCAAGCAAUCUGUCCCCACCGGACCAGCCUCGCACCGCAUCUCUUCACUUGGACUAUCACAUCCACACUCUGCCUCGUUUCCAUCAUCGUGGGCGCUUUGCUUCGGCUCUCUGCAUUCAGGUUCCUAGGUCGAAACUUUACCUUCCAGCUGGCGCAACCAAAUACCCUGAUAACUGGGGGUUUGUACCGAUUGGUACAGCAUCCCAGUUACACAGGGCUGUGGUUCCUCGCAGCAGGAUACCUGGGAUUGGUGAUGCGGUGGGACGGUGCAGUAGCCUGUGCUAUGGAUGAUGCGGUGCUUGAGCGACUAUCCGGAUGGGGAGGAUGGGUAGUGGGUGUGAUAGUAACAGGGUUGAUCUAUGCAACGGUGAUGCGCGUGCGAGACGAGGAGGGGAUGUUGCGGGACCAGUUCGGGCGGGAUUGGGAGGAAUGGCAUAUGAGGACGGCACGAUUCAUCCCAUAUUUAAUAUAG